GGCGCGGCGGGGCGGGGCGGGACGGAAAGGAGGUUCCGGAGCCUGGACUGUCCGCCCGCCUGGAGCUAACGGGAGCGCAGUCUGUCUUUCCCAGAACGUGAUCCAGUCUAAAAGAACCACCAAUGCAGGAAUCCUUUCUUUAGUUUCCUCCAUAAAUUAUCUACUUGUCUGGGACACUUUCAAGGAUGGAAAAGACUUAAAACCUUUACUUUGCCAAUUCAGCUUCAUAGUCACUUUGCAUCUACAUAUUGGUUUGUGCCCUGUCACGACCAGAUCAAGGAGAAAGAUUAAAGACUUUAAGAUGAAAAAAACUGACCUGUGUUUGAGCUCUGAGGGGGCGGAAGUGAUUUUAGCUACAUCAAGUGAUGAAAAACACCCUCCUGAAAAUAUGAUUGAUGGGAAUCCAGAUACAUUUUGGACCACAACAGGAAUGUUUCCCCAAGAGUUCAUUAUUUGUUUUCACAAACACGUAAGGAUUGAAAGACUUGUAAUCCAAAGUUACUUUGUGAGGACGUUGAGGAUUGAAAAGAGCACCUCUAAAGAGCCAGUUGAUUUUGAGCCAUGGAUUGAAAGAGAUCUAGUCCACACAGAGGGGCAGCUUCAAAAUGAAGAAAUUAUGGUUUCCGUUCCAGAAGGCCUGGGCCUCCUUGAGGACCAAGCCCAAAUGCCCCCACCUAUGACAGGCUUUCCCAGACCCACCCAGCUCCGAGGGAUUGCUCUCUCCUCUAUACUCCCAGGCAACGGCCCCUGGACCAAAUGAGGCACUUCCAGCAUAUGGUAUUUUUGCUGAUCAGAUCACACUGGGCUAUAAUUAAAGCUGAAACAGGCUGACACAAAUUGGAAAAGAAAAUGUAAAGAUCACACCGAAGCCAUCCCAAAUAGCCUGAGAUGUUUUAAUCAUUCUGUAUUAGCUUUACUGCAUCUUAAAACAUUUUCGUUCAAGUCAA